UCUCUCUCUCUCUCUCAGUCUCUCUCUGUGUGCUUGUAGAGGAGGCUAGAAAGGCCAAGUGGGACAUGUGUCCAUCAUCACAUUAGCUGCGUCUAAGUUUCACACACUUUCACACACUUGACACUCACCAUGCAUCCCCUCAGAGUCCUGUCCCUCAGCUGCAUGUGGAGCUUGACAGUUGCCGUGAUGGGUCAGAAUCUCACCCAGUAUCCCCCAGCGAUAAAGAGCAGGAUCAACGAGACAGCGAGCCUCUAUUGCCAGGUGCUCGGCAUCGUCUCGUUCUGCUACACGGUCGCCUGGAUGAAACUGCACCCCCAUAGCGACACGAUGGAACUCUGCAAGAACAUCCAAAUGCACAUCGAUGUCGAGAGACAGUCCUGCCGAGCAGACAUCCUUAGGGCAACCACAGAGGAUUCUGGGACAUAUUACUGUGCUGUUGUGUACAAGGAAAGAUUGUUCAUUGGCAAUGGAACAGUGGUUGUUGUUGAAGGCCAAGACAGUCCCUCAGUUGAAAUUGCAUUGACUGUCCGCCACAGAAACGAUUCGCUUGCUGUUCUUACUUGUGUGGUCACUGGCGUCCACCCAUCCCAAGCGCGUGUGUUCUGGGUCCUUGAAGACGUGAGCGAGGAGAGGGGCCAAUCUGAGUCUGUCUGGACCAAUGGCAGCUUCCCACCCUCUGUAUUCACGCGUAACCAAGUUGUAGUGUCUCUCCCGGAGUUCGGAUCGGGAGAGAAGCACACUUGUGUGGUGGAGAGCAGAGGGAUGAGACUCAAUAGAAGCCUCACGUUAAGUGAUACUCAAGACAUAUGCCAUACUGCCAGUGUACAUAGAAUGCUGGGGAUUGCAUCAGCUCUUUUGCUGCAAAUGAUGAUGGUUGCCAUGGCACAGCAUAUCAGGAAGAUCCUAACAGGAAGCAGCUGGUCAGUGAGAAGUAUGUCACAUAGAACUGGAUGAAGAAUGAAAAAAAUGCUUGAUCAUCAAAUCUGAAGUUCACAUAGAAGUUGUGUUUUGAUCACAUUAUAUAUCAUACAAAGCAUUUCAACAUCUGACUCAACCAUAGGCCUUGUGACAAAGUGAUUAGCAUGUUAAUUCUUGUGUGUCCAGCAGAUGUCAGUGUUUUUUGCAAACAUUCCCACCAACUUCACAAGUCAAACUUGUUUUCUUUCUAUUUUUGGCAGUAAUAUGUUAUGUUAUGUUAUACCACUGUAUUGAGCCUAAUUCAAUUAAACAGCAACAUGAAAGAAGGUGCCUGCUCGACAACCUCAGUGAAAUGUUCUUCAAAGCUGUUUUGUUGGUGAUGUUUUUUGCCCACAAAGGUUGAUUUGUUAAUGAUUUUGUUUCUGACCAUGAAUAGGUUUGGUUGUUGAUUGGCUACUGUGUGAAAUCUGUCUAUAGGACUAGGAAUUUAACAUCUUUCAUGUGUUUGAAAAAAAAAAUGCCACUGACAUUACCUCUGUCCAUAAUCGUGACACUUUUUGAUUUUCAUACUGGAACUCAUCAACUAGAAUUCACAUUCAAAAUGUCUGGCUCUUGAUUUAUGUGACAUUUGAACGUCAGUUUAUGUAAAGACUACAGUGCAAUAAUAGGCAACAAAAUAAAUCUUUGAUACUUUUAA